AUGAGAUCUGUUUGCAUUUCCAGUUGUUUGACGGACGCUAGAGACACUCGGGUACCAUUUAGGGCUACAUAUGUGAAUCUCUACGAGUGGCCCGAGUCGGAUGCUGAGUUCUUGAGGUCAAGGAGCUCGCGCACCACCGUGGAUGGUGGAUAUAGUAGAGUGGUGGAUGGUGUGUCGUGUAGGCAGAUGUAUCUGAGGAGCUAUAGGUUUUCAAGGAAAGAAAUUGUGGCUGAAAAGAGUUUGAAAUACUUUGGGAGAGCUAAAGAGAAAAUGGGGAAGAGGUGGAAGAAGAGCAUACAAAGGAGACGUAUGAGGAGAAGGAAGUGUUUGGUUUGGAGGAAAAUUAAGGUUGCAUUGUUUAGGUUUUUCAAUAACCUGCUUGCUUGCUCUGCUUCUGUAGAUGUUGUUGAUCAAAGGGGUGUUUUCUUCUGA